UUCUCCUGAUUGUCUAUGGACUUACACCUCAUUGGUUGGGGAAAUAUCAAUGCCCUUUCAAGCCAAUAUUUAAAAUUUAACCAGGGCUACACCUUGGCCAUUCUUGCACUCUGCCUAGAAUUGAAUCAUCAAGCAUUUGCAAGGCAAUCAACCAUGAGAGUCUUAGACUUGUCAGUGAAAUCUGGUGACUGCAUCAAACUGAAGGGGAAAAUACAUCAAGGGGCCAAGAGUUUUGCCAUCAACUUAGGUCGGGAUGAUUCUAAUCUGGCCAUUCACUUGAACGCUCGUUUUGAAGCCCAUGGAGAUGUCAAGAAGAUUGUGUGUAAUUCCAAAUCAAAUGGUCAGUGGGGUGCAGAGGUACGGUCAUCGAUAUUCCCGUUCCAGGAAGGAGCUGAAAUUAAGAUCUGUCUCUGCUACCAAGCUGAUGAUAUAAAGGUGAAGCUAGAUGGACAGGAAAUCAGCUUCCCCAAUCGUCUUGGCCUGAAUACUGCCCAGUACUUCUCAGUGGAUGGAGAUAUGAGUCUUCUGUCUUUCAAGUGUUGAUGAAACGUAGUCUUACUUCCACCCUGUGGAUUUCUUGACUAAGAUAAAAAAGCAAAUAAAUAAGUCAUUUGA